GGAGCACUUCCACUGCCUGGAGUGCAACUCGCGCGUGUUCGUGAAAAAGGAGGAGAUGAUCCGCCACUUCAAGUGGCACAAGAAGCGAGACGACUCGCUGCAGCACGGCUUCAUGCGCUACUCGCCGACCGACGACUGCGGCGACCGCUACCCCGACUGCAGCCACAACCGCAAGCAGACCCACUACCACUGCCUCAAGGAGAGCUGCGACAAGGUCUACAUCUCCACCUCGGACGUGCAGAUGCACGCCAACUACCACCGCAAGGACUCGGCCAUCCAGCAGGAAGGCUUCCAGCGGUUCCGCGCCAGCGAGGACUGCGGCGUCGAGCUGUGCUGCUACCAGGGCCAGCGAACCACCCACUUCCACUGCAAGCGGCCCGGCUGCAGCUACACGUUCAAAAACAAGGCCGAUAUGGAAAAACACAAAACGUACCACAUUAAGGACGAACAGUUGAACAAGGACGGCUUUAAGAAGUAUAUUAAGCACGACCACUGUCCGUUUGAGAACUGCCGCUUCAGCAAGGUGUGCAACCACAUCCACUGCAUACGUCCCGGCUGCAGCUACGUACUGCACUCGUCCGGACAGCUGUACUCGCACAAGCGCAAGCACGAACGUCAAGACAGCGAGAUGGCCUACCGAACCUAUCGGAUGUCCCAGAGCCUACCGCGGGAGGGGAACUUCAACGAACAGUUUCCCCUGGCGGCGGCGCUCAGCUCAGCCCAGCUCAGCUCCCGGACUGGUUCCGUGCAGUCGCCGCUGCCGGCCAGCCCGUCGGCCGCCCUCAAAGCCAGCCCGUACGGCCGGCUCGGCGCCAUGUUUCCAGGCAUUCUGACGCCAUCCAGCUUCGCGCUGGAGCCGCUGGCGCCGCAGGACAUGAAGUCGUCGGACCCCAGCGACAUGCCGCACCUGCCGGAGGCCGAGCUGAUGCAGCGCUUCGUGCUGCAGCUCACAGAUGGCAGCACCUGCGACGUGGCCGGCUGUGAGUUCUCGGGCUCGACGCACUUCCACUGCAGCCAGCCCGAGUGCGGCGUGCUUUUCCAGGCGCGCGACAGCGCGCUCGAGCACGCACGCAACCACGAGCAGCAGCAGCACGUGACGCUGACGUACUACGAGGAGGUGGCAGCCUCGGACGACCCGUGCCCCUGCCAGCAGCACUGCCUGUACCGCGGCAAGGAGCGCCACUACCACUGCAACUGGGAGGGCUGCUCCGAGAUCAUCCUGCUCAGCGACAAGCCGUUCCGUAGGCUCGACCACUUCAAGAUGCACGACUACUCGCGCCGGCUGGCGCUCUCCAAGGACACUUCGCCGCUGCCUUACUCGUCGCCCGAGGCGAUGCUGCAGCGACGCGCUCGGCCAGCCGGCGCCGCGCCGUUUGAGGUGCCUGUGCCCGGGGCGCUGCCCUUUCCACCCGGGGUGUUCGGUUCGUUCAAACUGCCCAAGCCGUGGCCUUUGAUUCGGAACGCGGACGUCCCCUCACUCCCAGUGACGUCAUCGGCAAGCUCUCCGACGGAAGUGCAGCCGGGCAGCAAGUCUUCAGAACGGAGCGACCGGGACCCGACCGACGGGUUUCGGGAGUACGCCGAGGACGCCACCUGCACCGACGCCGACUGCGCGCACGCCGGCCGACGCCACUUCCACUGCGCCCACCCGCGCUGCUUCUUCGCCAGCGCCGACACCGAAGACCUGGGCAGCCAUGCGCGGGACUUCCACGACAACGUCAACAUCCUCGAGGGCUUCGUGUUCUUCAACCGUGACGUCGACUGCAAGAUGGCUGGCUGUCUGAGCAACAAGGUGAACCGGCACUUCCACUGCACGCGGCCCGGCUGCGGCCACUCGUUCGUGCGUUAUCUGGCCAUGACGGAGCACGACCAACAACAUAAGGCCCGGGCGGCCGCCGGUUCUCCGCCGCCGACCGCCGCCAACGGACAGACAGGCUCUCCGGUGGUGAAGGCGGCCGGCACCUACUACCCGCUGUCGGCGUUCGCCACGCCCGGCAUGCCGCAGGGUCUGGUGCUGCACUCGCGGCUGACGGAGCGGAGCUCGCCGCCGGCGCCGCCCAGCUCGGGGCUCGGCUCACCUCUGAUGACCUUUCGCCGGCGCCGCCGCGACGACCGGCGGCGCCGCCCGUCUCCGAGAGCUUCAGCCACUUCCUCGACGAGCAGGCGUGCGGUCCGGCCCUUCUGCAAGCUCAAACGGCGCGAGCACUUCCACUGCGAGCUGUGCAACCAGGCGUUCGGAGAGGCGGAGAAGCUGCACCCGCACCUGGAGCGACACGCCGAAGGCUGGCAGUCGCCACAGGCCAUCCCCGAGCCGCCACACGCCGAGGACGAACAGAAGCGCGACGCUCGCAGAAACGUUCCCGGCGCCGAGGUGAUGCCGGAGAUGCCGCGGCAUCCGAUGCUGCCGUUCCACCCGUUUGCGCAUGCCCCGUUCCUUGGCUCGGAAGGGUUCCUGCUACGGCCGACGCUGCAUCCGGCGCUGGCAGGGUUUCCGAUGAUGUCGCCACAAAAUGGCGGCUUCCCACUGUCGAUGAGCGCUGCCCUGUUUGACCCGGCCCUGCUGACUCGGAAGCGUCUGGCGGCCGACGGGCCAGGUGACGCGCCUCGACCCGAGGUCAAGAAGCCACGCAACAUGCGCAUUCUCAAGGACGAGCCCGUGCCUGAUGGCUAUAUUCGAUUCAGAUUCAACGAGGACUGCAAGUACCCGCACUGCGGCUACCGCGAGCACCAGACCCACUUCCACUGCGUGCGCAAGGACUGCGGCUACAGCUUCUGCGACAAGACCCGCUUCGUGCAGCACACGGCGCGUCACGAGCGCCUGGACACGCUGAUGGGCGGCGACUUCGUGCAGUACCGGGCUAACAUCCCGUGCGGACGCGACGCCUGCAUCUACACCAACACUCUAGAUCAAAGGCAAAACAAGGCGUCGCACUUCCACUGUCUGAAGUGCGAGUUCGUUUGCACGGACACGAACAAGGUGGUGGCGCACCGCCGCCAGCACACCAAGCUCGACUCGAUCACGCAGGCCGGCUUCGAGAAGUUCACGCCCAGCCAGAGCUGCAAGAUCGAGACGUGCAACCACAACGGCAAGCAGACGCACUACCACUGCGUCAAGUGCCAGUACGCCGUGCUGGGGCUGAGUCAGAUGUCGGCCCACAAGUACCGCCACAUGGAGUGACGGUCGCCGCGGCGCGGUCGCUGGGGCGCGCGGCGCUCGAGGCUAGACGGUGCUCGGUCGGACUCGUCGCGCCUGGCUGGCUCCUCGGCUCACGACCAGCUCUUCGUCCCGGAGCGAGUGUGCCGCCGCGUUGUGCCCGCUGGUGCGCGUUCUGUUUCGUUGUCCGGUGGCCGACGUAGCGCGGCGCUGGUUUUGGUGCGUUACGAAGGCGUUGGUGGGCGCGCGCUCGCGCGUGCGUGGACCCCGCACGCUCUCUGACACGCAGGGGCGGCUGCACGGCGGGGUCCGUCUCCAGCACGCCCGGUGUGUAGGGUAAACAAAUGUAGUGCUAGGUGGCGCAGAACGCACCUUCAGACGAUUACUCACCGUGCCAAACGUAGCCCUAAGUUGUUAUCAUUCUUAUUUUAAUUGCGUUCCAUUAGCUAGCGUGUUAAUAUUUAUUAUCUGCUUGCCAAGCGUCGUGUACAUUUUGUUUAUUUAGCCAGCCAGCACUCUUUAAAAUGGGUUUACUAACAGGAGCUGGUGCACCGACGAGAACCUUUAGAGUAACAAUACUCAGUGCCUUCAGAAGCCAGGGCCGCUCGCAGUCAUAUCGUCCUCAUGUGCGCCGUGUUCGGUGUGAACAGCCCGGCCGCCUUCGUGAGCAGUUUUGCACCAAUCACGACGAAGCGGGCCCCAGUGGCGCCACGGCUGAGUGCUAUUGUCGUUGUUUCCGUAUGCGUCUGUAUCGGCAGAGGGUUUCGCCGCGAGCCGGCUGAGCCGCAGACGGCCACGCUUGUGGUUCAGAGUGCCGUUUUAUCGCGCGCGCGCGUGUGUGCGUGUGUGUGUGCGUGUGCGUGCGUGCGUGCGUGCGUGCGUGCGUGCGUGCGUGUACAUAUUGAAAUGUGAACUACGUGCCUUCCUAAUCAGAUCCGCGCACCGAGCUCGUGAAUCCAAGUGCCUAUAUACGAGGAACGUGUGUGUCAAAAUUGUCGUGCCAUAUACUAUCAAACGGUAUGGUCAUACCGAUCAAACCAGUGGCUUACCACGUGGCCUUGCUUCUUCUGCCGUCUGUUGCCGCCUCCGGGCUGGGGCGGCUCGGGACCGUCCGUCGCCCGCGAGUACCACAGCGCCGCCGGCCGGCGGGCCGCGCGGCCGGCCGCCGGCGGCGCCGCCCUGCCGGUGCUGACCACGCCCGGGGCAUUUGUUUGUGUGCGUUAUGUGGUGGGUUGUAGGGAAGGCGGCGUGCCGCGACAGACCCGGGGGCGGUCUCUAAUUAGUUCCCGGGGCCGGAGCCGGGCCGGCGCGCGGCUGUGAUGGGCCGGGCUCCCCGCCGCGCACCAGUGUGCAGUUUCAGAAUACAUUGCUGU